AACGUACUACAAGAAGGAACGAAUGUAUUGAGAAUCUAUCAGGAUGAUUGUGCUUGUUCUUUCAAUUUUUGUAUUAGAUUAUAUGUACGAGAAAGCGAAAACUAUAUUGUAGAAAAAGUGCGAAAGACACCAUUGAGUAUACAGAAAGGGAAGGAGACAAUAGAUAAACUGUUGGGGAAGAAAGAUGAAAGUGAUGACGAUGAGAUUGCGAUAGAACAAAAGACACUUAGAGUGAGUUUGAAGUGCCCGAUUACAUUGACUAGGAUUAAGAUACCAGCGAAAGGCAUAAAGUGCAAGCAUAUUGACUGCUUUGAUUUACAUGAUUAUUUGUUACUCAACAAAAUGGAACGUCCUAUGUGGACAUGUCCUCAUUGCAAUGAUGUAGUAACAAGUGAACAACUUGGAUAUGAUUUGUUCUUUGAAGGAUUGCUAAAGACAUUACCUAAAAAUGUGUCCGAGAUAGAAUUUAAAGAUAACCACAGCACGAUUACAGUAACUAAGGAGGAUGAUUUGGAUGAUGAUAAUAGCAAUAGCAAUAGUGAAGACGAAGAUGGUCCUAUGGACAAUAAGGCUAUUAUUCGAAGUAAUAUACAAAAAGCAGAACAAAAUGUAGAUGUGAUUGAUUUAAUUAGUGACGAUGAAGAACAAGAUACCAAUACUCACAAACGGCUUAGAUUAGUAUAAAUAAAGAAAAAUAACAACAUCUUGUACAUAUAAAUUAUGCUGUCAUCAAUAGAAAUAAAACAUACUUGGCAUAGCUCUCGGAAGAACAUAUAAACUAUGUUUUUUGAACAAUUUCCAGCCGUCUUUCAAAAGAGCAUUUUGCAGUUCG